GCGUGACAUUAGACGUCAAAAUAAAUUAAGAUUAUGACGGCCGCAAUUGUUGUUGUUAUAUCAAUUUUGUGAUUUAAGCAGAAAAUAUGUAAAUCUGAGUUAACGGAACUAUAAAAAGUAUUUUAUUAGCAAAUAAUCAAGUGUUUUGAUGAGAAUUGAUUCUUAGAAAUGUUACAAUCGCAUGAUUCAUCAUGAUAUAUUCGUUGCGAAACAUUUUAAGGUUACAUCGAAAGCGCAACGCAUUUGCUCGUUUUAACCACAACAGAGCUUCCAAUAACGCGGAAAACGGUAACGAAAACAAAACUCAAGAUGAAAAGAAAGACUUUAAAAGCCUCUUUGAACAAUACAAAGAUAAAAUAAUAUUUAGUUCGUACCUCGAGCACGACAAGAUUGAACUGGGAUACUUCAAGUACCAUUUAAAAACAAUUACGCGAGCUAAGCGAGCGGAAGCGAAACUGUUUGAAGAAAAGAAAUUACCACCGUUGCCUGUCGCAUUGCAGUAUUACGUCGAAAAAGAUAGGUUAUUGGACGAGGAAAUUGUCGAGGAAGAAGAAGAAUCAUCUAAAAAAUUUCAAUUGCCUUUCGCACGUACAACAGACGUUGAAAUACGCGAAGAUGAUAUUAAAAUCCCAGAGGAGUCUGAGGAGGUUAAGAAAGAGUUUGACAGGUCAAAUAUUAGCAAGUGGAUGACAAACUAUGAGCAUUUUGAUGACACACGGUUGGCGAUGUACGAAGAUGAAAGUGAUAAUGUCGUAGAAAAUGAUUGGUGUCAAUAUUACGGCACUGCGGAUCCCACAAUACCAAUCAGCAAUGUCAAUUGUGGUGGCUGUGGAGCCCUGCUGCAUUGCAACGACCCUGCUAUACCCGGUUACUUGCCAAGCGAGCUGUUUAAAGGGCGAGAAAUCGAUGAAUUAAAGACAAUGGAAUGUCAGAGGUGUCAUUUUCUUGCAGAAUACAAUAUCGCAUUGGAUGUCACAGUUCAACCAGAAGAAUAUGAAAAACUUCUCCAAUCAAUAAGGCAUGUUAAGUCUUUAGUGUUACUGAUGGUGGACUUAUUGGAUUUCCCGUGCUCCAUUUGGCCUGGUAUAGUGGACAUUAUUGGUCCCGAAAGGCCCCUUUUUAUUGUGGCUAAUAAGGUUGAUCUUCUGCCCGGUGACAGCAUUGGCUACUUAAAACGUAUCAAAAAGUCACUAAUGACAGAAAUAAAAAAGACUAAAUUAAAGGAGGCCAAUAUCAAGUAUGUUACAUUAAUAUCUGCUAAAACUGGUUAUGGUGUAGAGAAUUUGAUAUCAGCCAUGUUCAAAAAAUGGUUGUACAAAGGUGAUGUCUUUCUAGUAGGCUGUACUAAUGUUGGUAAGAGUUCUCUUUUUAAUACACUUCUACAAUCGGACUACUGUAAAGUACAUGCCGUUGACAUAGUGAAGAGAGCAACAGUGAGCAGAUGGCCCGGCACAACUCUGCAUCUCUUAAAAUUCCCAAUCAACAGACCAUCUGGGUGGAAAAUUCGAGAGAGGAGCAAUAGACUUGAAUCUGAAGCCCAACUUUUAAAAACAGAAAAUGAAAUAAGAAAAGAACAAUUAUCUAGUAAAAAAAAGUCAGAAGUGCCAUCAUUAAUUGGUCAUAUAGGUAGAACAUUCAAUCAAUAUGAAGUGUCUAGUGAUAAUAUUGCUGAGAAACAUCAACCAUUAACUGUGCUUGAUGAGAAACACGAGUUGUUUCGAAAGAGUAAAUGGUUUUAUGACACACCGGGUGUAAUUCUUCCAGACCAAGUACUCUCUCUCCUCAGCACUGAGGAGCUGCUUCUGACAUUGCCAAAAAAUCUUAUUAGACCACAGACCUAUUACCUACAAAAAGGAUCAACGUUUUUCAUUGGAGGUUUAGCAAGAGUGGAUCUCUUUGACUGCACAGAUCCUUGUCGCUUUACUAUUUUCUGCUCUGAAAAUCUUCCUAUUACAGUAGUCAAUACUGAAGAAGCUGACGAAAUUUACGAUAAAUUUGUUGGAACUGAAUUGUUUGCUGUACCUUCAGGUGGAUCAGUAAGACUGAACAAUUGGCCAGGUUUACAAAGAAAACAGGAUAAUAUUAAUUUCACUGGCGAGGGUCCUAAAUUAUGUUGCGGUGACAUAGUUCUAUCUUCGAUUGCGUGGGUCUCAGUGACCGCUAAAAAAGACACACCAUGUGUAGUUACAGCGUGGACUCCUGAAGGCAGAGGAAUCCACAGACGGUACCCCUCCAUGUUACCAUAUUCCAUCAAUUUAAAAGGCAAGAGAGUCCGAGACACACCAGUGUAUAUGUUAGGAAAAGUUUACACAGAAGAUGAUGAGUAUUAAAUUGUAAUAAAAUUGUUUAAUGAAACUAUUUAGUAUAAAAUUAAUAAUUAUGAUUCUCACAAC